CCCCUUUUUCCUACAGGUUCUACGGUCGCGAAACAUCUUACUACUUUUGAGAUGGGCCUGUAGAUUACUGUAUGAACCUUGGGAUACCCCGCAUGCUUGUUUAUGGUGCUGUAUUACCAAGAAAUUUGAAAGCAAAGAUCGAUCACAUGUUUGCUCUAAUUACUGUAUCGGAAUAUGAGGAAUUCUGACUGAAUAAUAGAUCGAUCGGUUCAAGUGACUAUGAACUGGUCUAGAAGGAUGGUAAUGGAAUGGAAUAUAAUCACUGUGAUGCUCAUUUCGCCAACAUGAAUGUUGCGGGGGCUCAGGAUUAGUGUGGUGGGCGUUUGUUUAUGAUGGACCAAUUUCCUCCACUCACAACCAUCUAUUUAUGCUAAGUGGACCUUCUCCCACUCUAUCUGAACCCAGAUUUCUCCCAGGAUAACAGAGUUAGCUACUAAUGGCGAUCAAAGCGGAUACCAAAGUGGAUACACAGUAUACCCCUCGCUACCAACUGGAUCAUUUCCAAGGGCAUGUACCGAUCGAUAUGUUGCUACCAUUGUUGACGUUGUGGGCUCUCACAUUAAUGCUUCAGUGCUUCAUCACACAUGGGAACCAACAGAGCCCGAGGAUUAGCCAGGGCUUUUUGUGAGUAGUUGGAGGACAGAUGAGGGGCGGUCUAUUGCGUCAAUACGUACUGACGGAACAUCUAUGCUUUUUGGUUUGCUUCCAAGUGGAGGCGUAUGUAUAUAUAAGGGGCACACACCCAUUCCACAGGUUCCUUCCUCUCCAUCCAUAUUCACGCACUCACUUUCUCACUCAUACAUUCAUUACUUCGAGUUGUUUGCAAUAUUUUCAUCAUGGUUCAAGCUUCCACCCUUCUUACCUUGGUUGCUGCAUCUGUUGCAUUUGUUUCGGCAGCUCCAGCAACCCAUUCUGUCGGUUUCGCUAAAAGAGCGACUUGUACUUUCUCUGGAUCCAAUGGAGCAGCUGAAGCAAAGAAGAACAAGGGCAAUUGCUCAACUAUCACCCUUAAGGACGUUGCCGUCCCGGCUGGUCAAACCCUCGACCUGACCAAGCUUAAGAGCGGUACCAAGGUUCGUCAACCAUUCCAUCACUUGCACAUUCCAUGGCGGAAGACUUACAGUAAUAGGUUAUCUUCCAAGGAACAACAACAUUCGGCUACGAGGAAUGGUCCGGUCCUCUGAUCUCAGUGUCUGGAUCCUCCAUCACAGUCUCUGGUGCUUCAGGACACUUGAUUGACGGAAAUGGAAUUAGAUGGUGGGACAAUCAGGGAGGCAACGGUGGAAAGGACAAGCCCAAAUUCUUCUACGCACACUCUCUCAAGAACUCCGUCAUUGAGAACCUUUCAUUCAAAGAUACCCCGGUUCAAUUGAUGUCUAUCAACAGCGUCGAGGCACUCCAAGUCAAGGGAAUCAGCAUGGAUAACAAGCUUGGAGAUACUAAGGGAGGACACAACACAGAUGCUUUUGAUGUUGGAUCCUCAACCGGUGUUGCAAUUUCAGGAGCAAACAUCGUUAACCAAGACGAUUGCAUUGCGAUCAACAGUGGAACUGUAAGUAGACAAGCUUGAGUUAUCUUUACCCUACUAACAUAAUUUAGGACAUCACUUUCACUGAAGGACGGUGUAUAGGAGGCCACGGUCUCUCCAUCGGAUCAGUUGGAGGCCGAGAGGACAACACCGUCAGCAAUGUCAUGAUCACUUCAUCCACCAUUAAAGACUCCGACAACGGAGUCCGAGUCAAGGCCGUCUACGGCGCCACAGGAGCAGUCAAGGGAGUUACUUACAAAGACAUCACCCUCCAAAACAUCGCCAAGUACGGUAUUGUCAUCCAACAAGAUUACAAGAACGGCUCACCAACUGGAAAGCCUACAACCGGUGUUCCAAUCACUGGUCUCACCCUCCAGAACGUCAAGGGUACAGUCAAGAGCAGUGGAAAAAACAUUUACAUUUUGUGUGGAAAGGGUUCUUGCUCUAGCUGGAAUUGGUCUGGUAUCUCUGUUACAGGUGGAAAGCAGGCCCGCAGUGAGUGCACGAACGUUCCUUCUGGAGUCUCUUGUUAA